GUUCCUUUCAACUUGUCACAUCCUCAGGAAAAGCAUGAGCGGCCCACCUAACCCACACACACACAUGACAAGUUCAGCUCUGGCAUCUAGUUGUAGCUCUCUGACACACUGUAUCAGAAAGGACCUUCUGCGCUCUGGAAGGAGACAGGACAUGGUGGAUACCCAGCUUCUGGCUUGGCCAAUGGGCUUCAGCCUGACCCCCGUGGACCUGUCUGAGCUGGACGACAGCUCCCACUCUCUGGACAUGAAGCCCUACUCCACCUUGGACUACACCAGCAUCUCCAGCUCCAUCUCCACCAGUAUCUCCAGCAGCCUUUCCACCAGCAUGACCUACAUCCCCAGCCCGCCCCAGUCUGACCACCUGGCCAACAUGGAUUACACAUACAACUACAAGAGUCACGAUGGACAAAGUUCAAUCAAACUGGAGCCAGAAUCGCCCCCACAGUAUACAGAGAGCAGCCACUUGUAUUCCAAACUGCACGAUGACCCUUCUCCUGCAAUAUUGAACAUCGAGUGCCGUGUGUGCGGGGACAAAGCCUCUGGUUUCCACUAUGGGGUGCACGCCUGCGAGGGUUGUAAGGGUUUUUUCCGUAGGACCAUAAGGUUGAAGCUUGUUUACGACCACUGUGAUCUUCACUGUCGCAUCCACAAAAAGAGCCGCAACAAAUGCCAAUACUGCCGUUUUCAGAAAUGCCUCAUGGUGGGCAUGUCACACAACGCCAUUCGUUUUGGCAGGAUGCCCCAAGCGGAAAAGGAGAAGCUGCUGGCUGAGUUCUCCACUGACAUGGAGCAUAUGCACCCUGAGGCUGCAGACCUAAGGGCCCUGGCCAAACAUCUCUACGAGUCCUAUCUCAAGUACUUCCCAUUGACCAAAGCCAAGGCCAGGGCCAUCCUCUCAGGGAAGACUGGGGACAACGCGCCCUUUGUCAUUCAUGACAUCAAGUCCCUGAUGGAGGGAGAGCAGUUCAUUAACUGCCGCCAGAUCCCAGUUCCAGACCAGCAGCCUCCCUCCAGUCUUGGGCUGGGGGUCCGGGGGGGCGUGGGGGCAGCGGACGUGGUCCAGGACCCCGCGAACGCCGUCGAGCUGCGCUUCUUCUACAGCUGCCAGUCGCGCUCCGCAGAGGCCGUGCGGGAGAUCACGGAAUUCGCCAAGAGCAUCCCGGGCUUCGUGGGGUUGGACCUGAACGAUCAGGUGACCCUGCUGAAGUACGGCGUGAUUGAGGUGCUGAUCAUCAUGAUGGCGCCGCUGAUGAACAAGGACGGGACGCUCAUCUCCUACGGCCAGAUCUUCAUGACCCGGGAGUUCCUCAAGAGCCUGAGGAGGCCCUUCUGCGAGAUGAUGGAGCCCAAGUUUGAGUUCUCCGUCAAGUUCAACAUGCUCGAGCUUGAUGACAGCGACAUGGCCCUCUUCCUUGCCGUCAUCAUCCUCAGUGGGGAUCGUCCGGGGCUGCUGAACGUCAAGCCCAUCGAGCAGCUCCAAGAGACUGUCCUCCACUCCCUGGAGCUCCAGCUGAAGCUGAGCCACCCGGACUCCAUGCAGCUGUUCGCCAAACUCCUCCAGAAGAUGACCGACCUGCGGCAGAUCGUCACGGACCACGUGCACCUCAUCCAGCUGCUGAAGAAGACCGAGGUGGACAUGUGCCUGCAUCCGCUCCUGCAGGAGAUCAUGAAAGACCUGUACUAGAGAGAGACACACAGAGAGAGAGACACAGAGAGAGAGACACAGAGAGAGAGAGACACAGAGAGAGAGAGAGAGAGAGAGAGAGAGAGAGAGAGACAGACUCUGGUCGUAAUAUGGGAACGUAUUAGUCAU